AUGUCCCUGCUUCUCCUUCAGCUGUUAGCGCUCUCAUGUGUUGGAGCCACUGAGCCACAGCGAGACUCACCACAAAGGAAAAGCAGAAGGACAUUUCAGCACCUUUUCUAUUUGGGCAAAAAUCUGCUUGGAAGUCAGAACUUUCGUGAGCUGGUUGGAGAAAACCCAUUAGGUGUUGAAGAAACCCUGGGGAAACCAAGCUUUUUUGUAGCAAUUCCACAGACAGCAUCUGAAAGUGAGAAGCAAGAGGAAAAAAAAAAGUCCAGGUUCAUCCUUCCCAAUGCAGAACUCCAUGCUGACCAAGACCUGAGAAACUGGGCAGCACCCAGAGAGACCUCUCCUGUGGAACACUUCUCUCCACCUCACUACUCCAGCAAGAGGGAGGCUGAACCUACCUAUAGAAAAGAUGCCAAGAAAUUUUGGGACAACUUCAUGUUAAAGAAAAAUUCAGCAUCUGAAGAGGUAAUUUUGCCAAUCAAGACCAACGAAAUGCACCAAGAAAACUGCAGAACUCUGCCUUUUUCCCAGGGUGUUACUCAUGAGAGCUGUGAGAAGGUGAUGGUACAGAAUAAUCUCUGUUUUGGAAAAUGUAGCCCCUUUCAUGUUGCUGGUCCAGGAGAUCAUCUUUACACCUUUUGUUCUCACUGCUUGCCCAGCAAGUUCUCCAUGAAACGCCUGGAUCUCAACUGCACCAGUGCUGUCCCAGUAGUGAAAGAAGUCAUGAUUGUAGAAGAGUGUAGAUGUGAGACUCCGAAGAUUGGAUCUCUACUGUCAGACUUGCAUGCAAAUAAUGGAGUUCAUCACAAAGACUCGUUAUCUAUCUUCCUGGAUUUGAUACUCUGGCAGAAGUGUCAGGAAUUGCAAAGGGACAUUGCAGAGAUGAAGGAGAAGGACUCUUCUGAUUUACGACUGCGCUGCGGAAGGAGCCUGCACCAGCGAGCUCCGACACGAGAAAAAAGGAUGCAUUCACCAAAGCGCCACGGGCAAACAAGUUAA